CGCAAAUAUUGACAGAAGUAUCACAGAGAAAACAUGGCAGAGAUGGAAAAAGAGGGUAGACCUCCGGAAAAUAAAAGAAGCCGAAAACCAGCACACCCAGUGAAAAGGGAAAUAAAUGAAGAGAUGAAGAGUUUUGCAGAGAACACCAUGAAUGAGCUGCUGGGCUGGUAUGGCUACGACAAGGUGGAGCUGAGAGACUCCGACAACCUGGAGAUAGGGGAGACGCCACAGCACAUCUCUGUCCUCAAAGAAAACUUGUUGCCAAAAAUCCCAGUUUCAACGGAGAGCAGCGAGGGCUCUCCGGAUCGAGCCAACAGCUCGCAGUCUUUGCCAGCCUCCAGGAAUGGAGUCACGGAGCCCUCCACCACACCGUCCACCUCCACGCCCAGCACCAAGGAGCAUGGAAACCUGCCCAUCAUAGUCCCCAUGAUCCCUCCGCCACUGAUCAAGCCCCCUGCAGCUGCCCAAGUGUCAAUAUUACCCCAUCAACUCUCUGAGGAUGUGUCCGCGUUCCCUGGCCAGAGAGGCUUCAUUAUCCCUUGCGUCUGCUGUGGCCAGGAGGCUGGUACGCCCCGACGGAGGGAGCAAGCCGCCUUGGCAUCGCCCAAGAGGAGUCCCCGCUGGCCCUGCCUAGGCGGGGAAACAGAUGAUGAGGAUGCAUCCAAUGUGCAGAUCAUGUGUGCCUGGUGCCAGAAGGUCGGUGUCAAACGCUAUUCUCUGAGCAUGGGGAGUGAGCUGAAGAGUUUCUGCAGUGAGAAGUGCUUCGCCGCCUGCCGCAGAGCCUAUUUUAAGAGAAACAAGCUGGGAUAUAUAAGGAAUUACGCUGCGAGAGACGACGAUGGCCUCGGUGGGAAAUUACCCCAGAACAGCUUUACUCAGGACACGCCCAGGCUUGUCUUCAAGACAAACAGCGAUGUGCUUGUGUGUGACUGGUGCAAACACAUUCGCCACACUAAGGAGUACCUGGACUUUGGUGCUGGUGAGCGAAGGCUGCAGUUCUGCAGUGCCAAAUGCCUGAACCAAUAUAAGAUGGACAUUUUCUACAAGGAGACCCAGGCGGCGCUGCCUGGAGCACUGUGUAACCCAGGACACGGGCCUGGUGGGGACUGUAAGCCGGAGUGCAGUGGGGGCGUACAGCUGCUCACUCCUGAAUCCUGGGGAACGCCAUUAACGGACCUACGUCGUAAAGCACCCUCACCAGGGGGGCCCUCCAGCGCUUCUGCUUUGGCCCCUUCCACUUCUUCUGCCACCUCACCCUCAGACACUGCUGCUGUCUGUUCCCCGUCCUCCUCUUCCUCAGCUAAGAUCCCCACACCCAGACCCCACGAGAGCCCCACACUUCCUCCUCCGCCUGUUCCCGCUUUGCACCCACCAGUUGGAGUUCCUUCUGGUAGCCCUCCCAUGGUAAUGACACCCCGGGGUCCCAUGCCCCUGCCUCUGUUCAUGGAGCAUCAAAUGAUGCAACAGAUCCGUCCACCAUUUCUUCGCCCCUCUGCCCACCCAGCAGGGCCCAAUAGUCCACUUUCAAACCCUAUCAUCCCUGGUAUUGGUCCACCACCUCCUCCAAGGUCCCUCGGUCCAGCAUCAAGCCCCAUGCACAGGCCCCUGCUGUCUCCGCAUGUCCACCCCUCAUCCAAUCCCAACCCUGGCAUGAUGCCCCCCCACCCUGGUCUCCCCAUGCCAGGCCUGCCACCUUUCCCCCCAGUCAACAUGAUGCCCAAUGGACCCAUCCCCCUGCCCCCAAUGAUGAACUUUGGCAUGCCGUCCUUGGCCCCACUGGUACCCCCACCAACUCUCCUUGUCCCUUAUCCCGUCAUUGUACCCCUCCCAGUCCCAAUCCCUAUUCCAAUCCCAAUUCCCUUGAACCCCAAAUCUCCCAGGGACCAGCCAGAGAGCAAUGGCUCUGUCCGCAGUGCUCCAGAGUCAUCAGAAGCUUCAGCUUCUGGGCCCCACUCUCCAGGUUCCUCUGGAGGUGACAGAGGGGAGCAGAAAGUAGACCCAGCUGGUGCAGACCGUCUCUCUCCUGUACGCUCAGAGAGAAGCAGGACAGCGCUGGUGGACUUGACUGUGAAGGCUGAGGAAAAUUCAGGCAACCCGUGUUUAACCAGCAGCCCCAGAUUUAUGGAUGGUGUGAUUGAUCUAACUGUGGGCCACAGAUCAUGCCAACAGCAGGUAAUUCAGAGGAUGCUACCUGGGGUCCAGGUCAAAAUAGAGGCAGAGGCUGAAUCAAGAUCUCCACCAGCUGCUGGGCUGGGGAGGGAAGGGAAGAUCACUCGUGAUGGGGGGGAAGGAGUCCUCUCACAGGGCCUCCUCAGUGCUCCGCAGCUGGAAGGGGCUACACACCCCAAUACACUGGAAUCAUCAGGCCCACCCUCCAGCAACAACAGCCCUUCUUGCAAUGCUGAUCCUCCAGUGACCCAGUUAAAUCCCUCUGUCUCCAACCUUACCCCACCACCCUUACCCAGCACAGCACGGACCCAGCCCCAACUCUUGCCCCAACUCCAAACUAGCCCUGGCGCCCCAUGUAAUGUCAUAGUCAAUGGUACAGGAUGGCAUUCGCUUCUCACUCCUGCCUUUGAGUCUUGCCCUGACAGAAAAGGAGACAGGAUUGCAGGAGACGGAGAGGCAGAAGAGCAGCCAGCCAAUGGAGAGCUGGAGCGUGAAGCACUGAAAGAGAACAAUUGCUCAGUUGGAGACUGGGAGUCUGGAAAGCGGGACUCAUCACAAGAGGAAAUGGCAAACACAGUAGAGGGUAAGCCAGACCCUGACUCCAACUUGGAGGAGGGUGAGCAUGCCUAUGCCCUACCGUUGCUGUCUACUGGAGGCUGUGUGGUCAUCCAGCCUGUGCCAAAGCCUGGCGCUGACAAGACGGCCAUCCUGUCGUGUUCCAUCAGUGCACCUUUAUCAGCAGCUGGGAGCCCUGAGCUGGAGCCGCCGCUGAAGAGGAGGUGCCUGCGAAUCCGCAAUCAAAAUAAAUGAGAUGGAUGCUCUGAGGGACGCAGUGCCAUCAACGACACUUACUUGUCCACCCCCACCUCCAAAUCCCACCCCUCCCAACCACACCACUGCACACGUGCACACACUCACACACACACACACACACACUCUUUGUUCUCGUCCUCACCCAUUGUCCAGUCUACCAGCACCACAAAACGCCUUCAAUGACUGACGAGAGCCCAACCAAACAUGUUGAUGUGUAUCGUAGUAGAGCGGACAGGACUCCUUUUGUCUGUGUGACAGAUACUCUAAUGGACUGAACUUCUACAGACCUGAUGUCGUGGUCAGCAGGAUCGUUUCACCUUUGAACUGCAGACAGUAUACCCUUGCAACAGGAGGACUUUACCCCGCUGCUUCUCUCCUCAUUUAGAGACUCUCAGCCCACACUGCCCCUCAUACCUUACCCUCCACCCUCCCCUAUCAAAGUAAGUGCUCUCUGUUUUGUCUGUUACUAAGGAAUGCACUAUAGUGUCUGAUAUUCAAAGCCACUGGUGGGAAAUUGCUGAGGGAGCCCAAAGAGAGUUUUCCAUCCCUCUAUGAAAUGCUCCUGUUUUUGUCCAGCCUGAUGUCACAACACAGGUACAAAAUUUCUCCUCCAGUAAGCGUUUUUUUUUCUCAUACAACUUGUCACUAAGGUAUGGACUAAUGUCACAUAAAUAGCAGAAAUUCUGCACUAUCCUCUUGGACUUUGCUUGUCCACAACCUGAGAAAAAAUGUGCUUACCAACCUGACACAAAGUGUUCUGGGUAAUUUUGAUGGGUGGUAGCUAAAAAAAAAACAAAACACAACAAGCAUGAAUACAGUUAAUAUGAAGGACAAUUUAAAGAGCCAUUUCAAUCAGAAGCUUGAAAACUGUCCUUGGACAUAAAAUCAUCAGUUGUGUUGAGAAUUCUUCCUAUUGAAUCAGCAAACUGGAGGAUAAAAUAUUAACCUUCACCAGCAAGUGAUGGUGUGUGGGUGGAAUCAUGCAAUCUCUGCCAUUUUCCUGUGGCAUCUAUUUGUUUGCUCGGACACUUCACUGAAUUUAGAUAUAUAUUGUUACACAGGAAUGAGACAUGAGUUGACAUGAUAAUCAUUCGUACUAUUUACAUUUUCACAGCCUCGGGAAUACUGUUUAUAUGCUCAAACAGCAAGUCUUACGUGUAACAGUAACAUGCGCCCCUGCUUGAAAUGUUGAGAACAUUUCAAGGCUUACUGCACCUCCAAAACAACUGGGAUGGCAUGGCAAUGUAGAAACUCUGCCAACCUGCAGUGGGUACUUGCUACCGCAGGCUAGUACUUAAUCUUUUCUAUAAUACAUUACCAGUGAUGUUCCUGUCAUGGGUUAGUUUGAGACUGACUGCACUAAAUUUCGAGGGGGCAGAGGGAAGCCAUCUCUUUCAUAAAUAAUUCUUUUGGGACCUGGAGAAAAACUGCUGAAGAAGCACUGCAGAAAUAUUUCAACAAUAAACACACUGAAGACAGAUUCAUUUUGAAAAUAAUUUGGAAAAUCUGCCUCUUGCUUGUCCACUGAUCCUGCCAAGUUACUUAAUUUUUUUGCCAAUUCUUAUUUCGUUUAAGCCAAAUCUAAAGGCAGCGUUGUCCUCGAUUCAAUGUUGUGCUCUAUGUACGGCUUUUGGGUCAUUUUAAGUAAAAGCAACACAAACUGUU